AAAAUAUUAAACAGUUCAAAUUGAAUAAUGCACGAAAAAUUCGCAAACCUAAAAUUGUUCCGUUACAAGAGUAUCUAAUAUCGUUUAAAAUGGCCACUACAAAGGCAUUUUUUUCUCACCUCAAACCCGACGAAGAUUUAACAAUAAAAGGAGCCCAUAUGGUUGGCCCAAGUCUCGAAUCGAAAUUCGACGAACUAAAAUACGAGAUAGUCCACAAGAUUGAUAAAGAAUUGGAGGAUUCAAAGAACGCAAGAACUUACAUCACUCAGAAAUACGACGAACUCUGCAACAAGAUACAGUAUCUGACAGAAAUGGACGCCACCGUGUCAGGAUUCAGGAGUGACAUUAAAGCUAUUGAGAAACAGUUAACGGAGUUGGCAGCGCGCGUGGACGACGUGGAGAAGAGAACGCUGAAUAAGGAAUGCCCGUCAAUUUCGUCUUCCAUGUUCUGA